GCUCUUCAGGAUGAGAUCAACUUCCUCAGGGCAGUCUAUGAGGCUGAACUGCGUGAGCUCCAGUCUCAGAUCAAGGACACAUCAGUUGUUGUAGAGAUGGACAACAGCAGAAACCUGGACAUGGAUGCCAUUGUAGCUGAAGUUCGUGCUCAGUAUGAGGACAUUGCCAACCGCAGCCGUGCUGAAGCAGAGAGCUGGUACAAACAGAAGUUUGAGGAGAUGCAGACCUCUGCUGGUCAGUAUGGUGAGGACCUCCGCUCAACCAAGACUGAGAUUGCAGAACUCACCCGCAUGAUCGCCCGCCUGCAGAACGAGAUUGAUGCCGUCAAGGGACAGCGUGCCAACUUGGAGGCUCAGAUCGCUGAGGCUGAGGAGCGUGGAGAGCUGGCAGUGAAGGACGCCAAGCUCCGUAUCAAGGAUCUCGAAGAGGCCCUCCAGAGGGCGAAGCAAGACAUGGCCCGCCAGGUGCGUGAGUACCAGGAGCUCAUGAACGUCAAACUGGCCCUGGACAUUGAGAUCGCCACCUACAGAAAGCUGUUGGAAGGAGAAGAGAGCAGACUGUCCAGCGGUGGAGCUUCAGCCACCAUUCACGUGCAGCAGACCUCUGGAGGUCUCUCAUCUGGUAAAUAA